CUCUCUCUCUCUCUCUCUCUCUCUCUCGUACUAACAAACUACUUAAAAAACAGAAGCUACAAACCCCUCCUCUUUCUCCUACCUCCGCACCCUCCCUCCCCCUCCCACGCCGAGACCUCGAUCCGCCCCAUCCAUGGCGGAAUCCGAGGAGAUAGAGGAAGGGAAGAGGCGGAGGAGGAGAGUGAGUGCGGCGGAGGCGGAGGCGGGGGCGGAGGCGGAGGCGAGGGACCCGGCGACGGCGCUGGGGCCGGACGUGGUGGAGAGGGUGCUGGGGGCGUCGGACGCACGCAGCGUGGCACGAUCCGCGGCGGUGUCUCGUGCGUGGCACGGGAUCGCCACGAGCGACCGCCUCUGGGCUCCCAAGUGUGAGGAACUGUGGAAGGGGAAGGCACAUAUCCCCCGCUUGUCAAUGUUACGUGGAGCCUCGAGAUUGACGGUUUAUUCUAUGUCCAUCAUGGAUGGACAACGGGCCCGCGUAGCGAAGGAUGAUCUCUGUGAUCAUGUUUGGGAAUAUCGUUUCAAAAAGACAGCUCCAGAAUACUGGCGCAACCUCGACCCUUCCUGGAAGGGCACAGGCCCGCCAAUGCGCCGCUACUUCCACCUCAAUGGGUCUCACACUGCGGACCCUGACGACAAAGUUUGGGGCGGGCAUGAGUGCACCUUCUCAAUCGUUACGAGCUAUGUGGGCGACGGGCAAAUAAGGGAGCACUACGUGAGGAUCAACCGGUGGCCCCCAAUGCGAGUCUCGAGGAAGGAGGAUUGGAGCUGGGAGAUGUCGAACAACCUUUAUGUCUACAACAGUGUUCCUGAUGCAGAGAAAGGCAUUACAGGUCCUCUCUUUCCUGUCUGGUGACUCUAUUGCUUGUUUACCCUACUAAGAACUAAACUUGUAUGUAUCAUGUAAUAUAUGGUAUGUCGAAGGUAAAAUUAGUUUGUUGAACUUUCCUCUGUAUAUACAACCAGUUUGUUGAACUUUCCUCUGUAUAUACAACCAGUUUGUUGAACUUUCCUCUGUAUAUACAACCGAGAAAUAAUACUAUGUACUUUGUACAGUAGUACCUACAUCUCUUAUGUUUCAAAUAAACCUUUUAUGGCCAGCCAACUUUUACACA